AUGUCGACCGACGCUGUCAGCGCUCCAGUCUCGGAGCCUGCACCUGUGCCGGCGCAAUCCACGACUGGUGACCAGGACGAGGAACCAACCCUUGGCCAGAUUGAAUGUGCAAAGCCCGCCUUCCUCCACUCGCCCCCCGACAGCAACAAUGCGCCCAAGUCGGACGCCAGCGACUCUGAGCUCAGCGAUCUCGACGACGAUGCCGUCGAUCCAUCUGCUGCUCCUGCGACCCAAGAUGAGGUGCCGCCGCCCGAGGAUGACAUUGGCGAAGUCCUCCCCGACCACUGGUCCGGGACUGUCCCUGUCUUCAGGCCCACGAUGCAUCAGUUCAAGGACUUCAAGCUAUUCAUGACCAAAGUCGAUCAUUAUGGAAUGAAGUCCGGCAUCGUCAAGAUUAUCCCUCCCCCCGAGUGGAAAGAAAACCUGCCCCGACUCGAUGACCUAGUGAAGCAGAUUCGAGUUCGAGAACCAAUCAAGCAAGAUAUCAUGGGAUCCAAUGGAACCUAUCGUCAAGUCAAUAUUCUUCAUCAAAGAUCCUACAACCUCCCGCAGUGGCGACAACUUUGCGACCAGAGCGAACAUCAGCCGCCAGCGCGGCGAGGCGAGCGCCGAGCCAACGUCGAAAAGCCGAAACCCCGAUCCGCCCCCAAACCUCGUACAGAAGCGAAAUCGACUCCGGCCGGGUCAAGAAAGCGGGGCCGAGGUCGACCGCGCCGGGGCAAGGCCAAGAGCAAGAACCAGGAUGACGAUGAGGACGCCGAAGAAGAACAGGAGGAAGAGAAGCGACCGAUGACGCCCGUCUCCCCUAAGCCGGCUGCGGAUGCGGAUGCCAAGGUCAAGGUCAAGAAAGAGGAAGUCGUUGACUCUGUAGAAGAUCCGGGAAUGGAUGUCGACGAAGAUGAACCACCAACCGUUGGCAGAAUGGGUCGGAUGGGUGGCGCGAGACAAGCGAAGCCAAAGACCCAGACUGUUUCGGCCCGUCGGAAGUACAGCAAGAGAGAAGGCUCCGCCAUGAUUGACGAAAAGGCAUUCCAAGACUUUGACUACCAGAUGGAUGUCUCUGACUAUACCCCUGAGCGCUGCGAGGAACUUGAGAGGAUAUACUGGAAAACUCUCACGUACGCCCCGCCGCUGUACGGUGCAGAUCUCAUGGGGACUCUCUUCGACGAGUCGACAGAAAUGUGGAACUUGAACAAGCUCCCCAAUCUGCUGGAUGUUCUCGGGACAAAGGUUCCCGGUGUUAACACGGCCUACCUCUACUUGGGCAUGUGGAAGGCCACUUUCGCAUGGCAUUUGGAGGACGUCGAUCUUUACAGCAUCAACUAUCUCCACUUUGGCGCCCCUAAACAAUGGUACAGCAUUUCACAAGCUGACGCCCGCCGUUUCGAGGCUGCCAUGAAGAACAUUUGGCCCACGGAUGCCAAGGCUUGCGACCAGUUCCUUCGCCACAAGGGAUUCUUGAUUUCCCCAUCGCACCUCAAGCAGCACUACAAUAUCACUGUCAAUAAGUGCGUCUCGUAUCCGGGUGAAUUCGUCGUUACCUAUCCUUACGGAUAUCACUCUGGAUAUAAUUUGGGUUACAACUGCGCCGAGGCUGUCAACUUUGCGCUCGACUCUUGGCUUCCCAUGGGCAAGAUCGCCAAACGUUGCGAGUGUGCACAGGCACAAGACAGUGUGUGGGUUGACGUAUACGAUAUCGAACGGAAACUCCGUGGCGAGCCGACUCCUGAGUACGAGGAAACUGACGAAGAAGACGAAGAGGAUGAUGAAGAUGAGGAUGAAGACGACGCUACUGGCCUUCCGUCUCCUCCUGGUAGCAACGGCAUCGUCAAGUCGGCUCGCAAACGAAAGCGCGCUGCUGGAGACAAAGAAGGCAAGGCAAAGACCAAGCGAAUCCGUCUCAAAGUCAAGACACGCGCAGAGCCGACGUGCUGCCUUUGCCCCAGCGAUAUCCCUGGCGCAGAAGUUUUGCCAACAGACGAUGGCCGCAAAGCCCAUCGCAUGUGCGCGCUAUACCUGCCCGAGACCUAUAUCGAUACCGUCGACGACAAGGAGGUCAUUGCGAAUGUUGCCAACAUCAACAAGGAACGCCUGGAUCUCAAGUGUCUCUAUUGUCGGUCCAAGAAGGGUGCCUGCUUCCAGUGCUCACAGAAGAAGUGUGCCCGGGCCUACCACGCCACUUGCGCGGCUGCAGCGGGUGUCUUUGUCGAAGAAGCCGAAGUGCCAGUCUUUGGCGAAGAUGGAACCGAGUACAAGGAGCAAGCCUUCGAGUUCAGCUGUCGCUUUCAUCGUACCAAGCGUGAUAGGAAACACACUGGUGACUCCUUGGAGGACGACGUGCGGAUUCGCGAGGCUGCGACAGCACUCACCAAGGGCGACAUUUGCCAGUUGCAGUACUUCAAGGGCGAUAUCUUUGCCGGUGUCGUGGUUGAGAAUCGCGCCGAUGAGCAGAUGUUCCUCCUUGAUAUCGUUCCUAAUGGGUAUGUCUCUGUCGAAAACUUCAUUGAACAAAGUCUGACGUGUUGUAGUGAUCGUCUCGAAGUCGAGUGGAAGUGGCUUCUAUUGCCUGACCCAUCUGACUACCACCUUCCGAAGGCGUCUUCCAAGGCUAUCCCGAUGCCGUCGUCACAGAAAGCAAAGGAACGACUCAAUGCGAAGCGCCCUGCUGACGAGAUCCCGCGGAAAGAUGCUCCCUUUGUUGAAGGCUACACAUGGGCAGAGUUCCAUCCAUGCAACGAGUGUACUAAUCCAAACCAGACCAAGGUUGAUCUGUCGAAGGAUAGCCAGGUCUGGCACUAUCUUGGCAAGACGUCCACGGAGGCGAAGGCACAGUACUCCGAUGAUCCCGGCAAGCAGCUGCACAAUUCCAAGAGCAACUUUCUUGAUACCAUUCCCAAGCCUCCCAAGCCUGUUUCCGCAAGCACAUCGCAUCGCAGGGUGUCAAUCGUUCCACCGCAGCCAGCCCCAUUGCCAAUGUUUACGCCUGGAGUCGCUGUUCAGAAUGGGCCCAAGUCGGAGAAACCGUACGUAUAUAAGCCCAGGAAACCUGUCGAAACCAACUACGCUGGUACCGGAUCUUUCACCACGCAGAAGUUCACACCCAAGGCUACUGCGCCCCCGACUCCCGGAGGACAGCAGCUCCAUUUCGGAGCUGAUCCUCGAUACCCGAUCCCCGGGACCCAGUUUGUUCAACAGAAGUUUGCUCCUGACGUACAUCAACAAUAUGUGCCUAGUUCCGCUCCAUCUGGACAGGGUUACUACGCGGCUCCGAACUCGAUACAACGGCCAAGCCCCUAUAGCACCCCGGGGCCGCAACCUGCAGUCAGCGCGCGACCCACGCAACAAACAUGGUCGACGCCAUCGCAGAACUCCAGACCUCCUUUACCACACAGUGCUUCGCAAAGCUCAACUCAGCAGAAUCAUCGGAGAUACUCGGCCGCCCCAACGCCUUCUGUCGCUACGAAAUAUGCAUUCUUCCAGGUUCACCACAACAGAGACUCGAAGACGUACCGAACUCCUUAUGCUCCAUGGGGAGGGUUCACCAACGGAUAUGAAGGUAACCUGCGAGCUCACCUCAUGAGGACGUCUCCAGAAGCCUUCUUCAAGAACCGGCAAGGCUCCAUUCAGGGAGACACAGCGACACCUGCUCCGAAUACGGGCCCGCAGGGACCUGCUUACGGUGGCCCAUACCACAACACACUGACGAAUGUGAUGCCUCAAGGCUCUAUUGGCAUGUAUGGUGUCAAAACAGCGGCCCCUUAUUCUUCACCAGCACCGCAGAUCCCUCAGAAUCACACCAGGGCGCCGUCUUACUCAUCGAUAUCUCCAUCUCCAGCACCAGGCAGCUCUCGACCCAGCUCGCAUGGUCAAAGUCAGGGUUGGCAUGCGCAGCAGCCACAAUCGGCGCCGCUACACCCAGCGAUCCGGCCGCAGUACGGAGGCUGGGCGAAUCAUCAGCAACAGCAGCAUUCUCAGCAUCAACCCUCGCAACUGCCUGUCCCUCAGCAGACUCCGCAACAGUCUCCUGCCAGCCAGCCUCAACCUACCCAGACAAAAUCUCAGCCUGCAGCAAAGCCCGCUGCGCCGAAGGUGCAGUACAAGAUCCCCGAGAAGCAGACCCCGGUUCCCCUCCCAGCCAAGUACCUUGCGGCCAUGGGCAUGAUGCCUUCGGCUGCUACUCCAUCCAAGGCCAGUUCGAAAUCAACCGGAGCGUCUGUGCAAGACACGAACCCACCCCCGGCUUCUCGCCCGGGGAAGGAUGUAAUACAGAACACAUCGACGGCAGCCGUCAAUGGCCUUUCCACGCAAACGGCUUCUCAAGUGUCAAGAUUAGCUGGCCCAACGACAGAGGCGGCGCCUCGCGUAGCUCAAGCUCCCGUGCCGGUACCGCACACGCCAGUGCCGGCUCCAGCCUCUCGAAUGCCGUUUACAAAUCAAUCGAUGACUACAGCGUUCCCUCGACAGCCUACGCAGUCUCAACCACAGGCUUACAAUACGCCGUCGGCCCAGCCGUUCCCUCCCACGAGCCGACCACGGACUGAGCAUCUCAACCCAGCGGAGCUCUUGGCCCAAUUUGCCCUCACUCCGCGCGUGAAUCCGCCGACGCCUACAGCCCCUCCCCAUCAGUCCAUACCGUCGCCGAUUCCGCCGCAGACAGCUGCUAUGCCAGGCUACCAGAGUCAUGGUUCCAAUUGGGGACCGACGCAGCAGCAGCAGCAGCAGACACAGCAUCCCCAAGCUUGGGCGCCCCCGCCGGGACAGUGGCAGCCUCCACAUCAUCAGCAGUACCAGCAUCCUCCGGCACAGCAAUACCAACAGCAUUAUCAACAGCAGAAUCAGCAGCAGCCGCCACCACCGCCGCAACAACAACAUCAAAUGCGAGCGCAGCCGUCGUUACCCCCGCCCCAUCAAACUCCUGAGGACGAGGUUCCUCUGCCCGAUGUGCCGACGGACUCAACAGCCAUCGUCGAGAGGAUGAUGCAGAAUCUCCGCCGCGCUGCGUUCCAAGGUUGA